AUAAAUAAAUAUUAUGCCGUUGACUUGUUGGUGUGAUAAGGAGGCCAUUCCAACAUGUACUUGUAUAAAAACCCGCUUUUCGUUCUAUUCCGUAUCUGCAUUCCCGACAUCCAACGUUAAGAAGCAUGUCCAAUUUGGUGCUCGUGUUAAGCUUAGCUUCUACGUUUAGUAAUUGCUAUGGUGAUACUUGCCUAGACGUACUUCCUGAUUGCCAUGAGUACACGGUGGCCGCUUGUGAGGCCCCCUAUCGGCUAUGGGCGUACCAUAAUUGUGCCGCUUACUGCGGAUUUUGUCAGAAGCCGUGCAUUGACGUCAUAUCCGACUGUGAUGAGUAUGGAAGUGGCGCCUGUAAAGCGCCAUAUGUUUCAUGGGCAGUCAGUAACUGUGCAAAAUACUGCGGAUUCUGCGAGCUAAAUAAAGAAAAGGCGCAGUGUGUCUACAGCGACUGGAUGACAAUAUCAGAUUGCUCUGUGACUUGUGGGAGUGGAUACAAAACUGAAGUGAGGUCAUUUCAAAAGGUCAAAGAUAAAACUAUAGGGUCCAAAGACUGCAAAGAAGAGUUGGAACGUUAUACAAAGUGUGAACUUGAUAAAUGUCCGGAAUAAAUCAAGAAAAUUCCAUCAGUAUUGAUGUCUUCUUCACAUUCAUCUUUUUAUACAUUUUUUACACAUGUUAUGAUAUUUGUAUUUAUAUGCAAUGUAUUCCAGUAUGUUUGAAUUUAUUCUUAUAAAGCUAUAUGUACUUCAACAAA